CACCGACAUUGACAAACGUGCGCUGCAAAUGACAUGAGUACGAGAAAAAGUGAAGUGGUUUCGCAGAAGAAUUGGCUCUCUCGCCCAGCAAAUGCAGCGACCGUGCGCGAGGCAGCAUCACAUGGAGGAGUCGGAGACCGAGUCGGAGACCGAUUCGGAGCCCGAGUCCAUGCGGUGCAUAUCCUGCAAGGUGGAGUACGUCACGCGCGACGCCGGCACGUGCAAGGAGUGCUAUGAGGAGGCCAGCGAGACCGAGGAAGAGCUCAAGCGAGAGAUCAGGGACUUGGAGGCCAAGGUCGCCUUCUUGAAGUUGUGUUCUCCGACCGACCACCAGCAGCAGCAGCUCGGUGGCCGCUCCGGUGGAUCUGGGUUCACCGACAUCGUCUUGGUCGCCGCCGAGGACGGUCCCGACGGCGGGCCGUCCAUGCCGGUGCCGGCUCACAGGGCCAUUCUGGCUAACCGAUCCCCAGUGUUUAAAGCAAUGCUUGAGAAUGAGAUGGAAGAAAGCCGAAGCGGCACCAUUAAGAUAAGUGAUGUGUCAUAUGAUGCCCUUCGAGCAUUUGUCAACUAUCUUUGCUCUGCUGAAGCAUGCCUCGAUGAGCAAAUGGCUUGUGAGCUUCUAGUAUUGGCCGAAAAGUACCAGGUGGAGCACCUCAAAGCUUAUUGUGAGAAGUUCUUGGUAUCCAAAUUGAACUGGGACAACUCAAUUGUAAACUAUGCCUUUGCACACCAGCACAAUGCGAAACUUCUCCUUGAGGCCGCCUUGUCGUUAAUCUUGGACAAUAUGGAUAAACUCAGAAAAUGUCAAGAAUAUUCAGAAUUCGUUGAAAAGCACCCUGCCCUCGUGGUGAAGAUAUAUGAAAAAUGUCUUGCGAAGCAGGAAAACACUGCAGCACCUAAGGAUACUUCUGCAAAGACAUAGGCUUGUCUUGGUUUUUAUUUUGGUCAUAUAGUCUUAUCUUGUACGGGGUAACUGUUGACGAGAAAAAUAAUUUUAUGUUAUUUUGAGUUUGAAG